AUGAGUGCCACAACCAUAUAUUACAAUUACAACACUCAAGAAUGGAAUGAUGACAAAGUGACGAUAGUGGAUUGUAGUAAAGAUUUUAUGCAUCCCAUGAUUAUACGGAAUGGAACUGUUUCAUCAACGAAGAUGAAUUUUAUAAGAGGGGCCACGCAAGAAGAGACAGGAGAAUGGUUCAACACAAUCUCAACAUUGCAAGUGGACUUGAGAAAAUUCGUUCUUGAUGAAAGCCAUAGAUAUUUAAUAGGUCACUCAUCUGGAUCUGACACUUUAGUGGCAGACAAUGUUGUCUCUAAUAUUACUUCUGGAAUAACCCAAGCCUUUUGGAUCAUUUAUUCUCAAUCGUCACAGAUCUCAAGGAUGAUCAAAAUUGGUUCUGUCUCACGAAAUACCAAAUUCUAUUUGUAUACACUAGAUUAUUUCUUUAUUCAUGGCUUAAGACGAGUGGGAUUUGCUGGCGAACUUCCCGCUCCCUAUAUUUCUAUUGCAGAUAACAACUACAAGCCCAAUGAACAUUUGAUGAUAUUUCAAUUUAGUGUGUCACAAGUUAAUGCCCAACCAACUGUCAAUAAGAUAGCAGAACUACCACCUCCAUUGUUUGUUCCUCCAAGAAUUUCGAUACCUACAAUUAUGGGCAGCGUUCCCAUUGUCAUCGUCAAAGAUAUUGUCUACGGUAACGAUGCUACACUUUAUUUUACUGGAGUUUUCAACACUAAAAUUCAAUUUCUGGAUAUUCUGACCACUAUAGAUUCAAAGAAAGAGAGUUCGGUAUUUUUUGGAGUGCUAGAUCCCAAUAAUGGAACUGUUGUAUUUAUCACCAAGAUUGAACCUACCUUAGCUAUUGAGUAUAACUCGGUGAACGUCAACUUGAUGGAAAUAUCAUCGAAUUAUCAAGAAAUUUACAUAACAGGUACUGUUCAAACAUUUCUGGAAGAUGUAGGAUUUGUUCAAAAAGUAUUCAUUGCAAGUUAUGACAUUUCUCAACCUUCUGCUCCAGUUUUGCGCUGGAAUCACAUUAUUGGAAUUGAUGGAGCAAAGUCCAUUGAUGAUAUUAUCUGUCUAAAUGGAAAGCUCAUCAUCAACGUUUUACUUGCAAACUUUAGCAAUGUUGUUACUCAAAUUUCGACGCAAGAUGGAGCAUUUAUUUCAGCUCUACUCAUUUAUGAUAGCCCAUAUUUUGGAGUACGUACCUCUCUAAAUGCAGACAAAGAUUUGGUGGUAGUUGGAAAGAAAGGAAAUGUUUUUGCAAACAUUGAUUGGGAUAGUUUUAUCACUUUUGGUGUGCCUAGCUCGGUUACUCUGUUUUCACAAAAAUUCAAAAUUAAUACCAUUCAAAACAGUGACGAGCUCAUUCUUGAAGAGGUGUACAGAGAGCCAAUUUUAAAGGGCUCUAUCAUUGCUACACAAUCCAUAACUUUAACUACAGACACCUAUAAUCCUAGAAAAUUCUAUGUAGCCACCACUUUUAGUGGUAGUGUCCAAGUGAUUGGUGACUCCAACGCCAGAAUCAAUCCUGUUGGUUUUUCAAACGCUCUUAUAUCCACAAUCAUUGAAGGCUGUGAUACCUGUGAAAGUGAAUGCAUUAUUCCUUUGUGUGGUCCCUAUACGCAGGAUGAUUCUAGAGCUUGUUCUGGAAGAGGGCGAUGCGACAGUCCAAAUUCAUGCAGUUGUUCACUCUCUACCUUCUCAGGAGAAACCUGUCAAUACCCUAUAUGCUUUGGUGUGCCUCAAAACUACACUUCUGUAUGCUCAGGUAAUGGUAGAUGUGCAUUUCAUGACUAUUGUGUCUGCAAUGAUGGCUAUUCUGGAACUAACUGCGAGAUUGCAAGAUGUUUUGGACUCUAUGCUACCAAUGACUCUGUUUGUUCCUCUCACGGAGAUUGUGUUGCAAAUGAUAUUUGUAAAUGUUUUUACAAUUACACAGGGGAACAGUGUAGCUUUGAAAUCGUACAGGGAUAUACCCACUGUGGUGUGGGAAACUAUCUUUAUAAUCAAAGCAGUGCAGAUCGAUUUGUAAGCCCCAUCAUGCUCUAUGGAUUUCCACCAUCUUUAUACAUUUCCUUUGAUGCCCAUGGACAAAUAUCAUACACAGGCUAUGGCAUCUCUCCAACGUUACAUUCUUUAGGCAAUGGUAUUUCUGUCAAAUUCGGAAGCGUAUUGAACGCAUCUUCAGAAUUAUAUUCCUCAAUUCUUCUUAUUGAUCAGAAUAACACAUUACAAGAAGGCAUUGUUGUGACAAGCGUGACAUCCGACGAUUAUUCAAACACAUGGAUUGUUGGUUGGAAGCAAUUGCAAGUAUUUGGCUUAACUCAAUUCAUUGGAGUAUUGAUAAAAAUUAAGCCUGAUGGAACCAUUUCGCAUAUUAAGGAAUUUGGAAACGUCAUUCCCGAGUCCGUACGUCUCUCUGCAGAUAGUAGCAUGAUAUUUAUCACUGGUGGAUAUAGAGGAUCUGUGGAGAUUGACUCUGGUUGUACUGCUACCUCAUCUUCACUUGUCAACACCAUCGUAUUUCAAUUGUCGUCGUUUGAACUCUUUUGUUUGUGGAUGACAACAAGUGAAGGAAUGUCCAAAGGUUUUUCAGUGCUUCCAGAUGCUGUGGACAAUGUUGUAAUUUCAGGAAUUUUCAGAAGCGCCGUUAGAUUCGAAGAUAAGCAAAUUUUGAACACUGAUCCAACCGUAUUAUCAUAUUACAUUUUGAAAUUUAGCCCUAUGGAUUUAGCUGGCAAUAGACGUGUUCUUUGGAUUCAAUCGAUUACCACAAACUCUAGCUCUGACGACAAUAUGAAAACAUCAGAUGAGUUCUUUACCUCAGAGUUUAGUAGUGUACUCAAAUUUGAUCCAAAUCGUAAUAUUUUGUUUUCUGGAGAGUUUGGAUCAUUUGUGUCGUUCCAAAACACCACUGUGACCAGCCAGUACGAUAGAAACUUUUUCUUGACCAAAACAGAUUCUAAUGGAUUUUUGCAGAGCAUGCUGACCUUUCAAAAUGUUUACAACACUUCCUUUGAUGUCGAUUCUAGUGGAUAUACCUACGUGACAGGAGUUAUUAAGCCUGGAGGUUCUAACAUUGGAGAUCCCAAUGAAAAACAACCAAGAUUCUUUGCCGCAAAGUACUGUGUCAGAAAUCAUGAAAGAUGGUACAAGGAACGACCUUUAGAUAGUCGUGAAGUUUAUGCCUCCAUUUACUCUGCCUACAGUGAAAUGGACAGACUCUAUGUUGUCGCCUUUGUGAACAAGACGCUUCCAUCACUUCCAACUAUUUACACCAUCAUGUUCAAAGAUGAAGAAUGUCGUCAAUGUCCAAUAGGAACGUUCAGUCCUAACACUGCAGCAAUAUCUAAUGAUACAUGUCUGCCAUGCGAACCAGGAUAUUACAGCGACACGGAAGGAGCUCCCUAUUGCACAGCAUGUCCUGCCACAACGUACAAUCCUUUGAAAGCAUCGACAUCAAACAAUUCUUGCUUGUAUUGUGAUCCUGGCUACUUUAAUGAUCAAGAAGGCCAAUCUGCUUGCUUUAAGUGCGAUGUUGGAACUUAUGCACCAACCAAAGGGGCACGAGAAUGCUUGAGUUGUGAUCCAGGCACCUACGCCCCAAAGGAUGGGCUUUCCAGUUGCUUACCUUGUCCUCCUGGCCAAUAUUCAGAUAAAUCUGGAGAAUGGGCUUGUGAAUCGUGUCCAACUGGACAUUAUCAACCGCUCUAUGGACAAAAUAGCUCAGAGAGCUGUUUAAAGUGUCUACCUGGAUCGUUCUCUUCCUCAGUUGGUAAUGGUAAUUGCACGUUGUGCCCUGCUGGAUUUUACAACCCCAAUCCAGGAAGUUCUACUGCAUUGGAUUGCAUUAAGUGUCCAAGUGGACAAUAUUCAAGUGCAGAAGGGUCGUCACAAUGCACAGAAUGUGACGUUGGAACCUAUAACGAAAACAUUGGUUCUUCAAAUGCCAGUAGUUGCCUACCUUGUACACCUGGAACGUUCAGCAAUAGAAAAGGACAGGCAUCAUGUACCAAAUGUGCUGCUGGAACGUAUUUGUCAAAAUCUGGCUCCUUCAGUGAAAGUGAUUGUCUUUUAUGUCCCAUUGGUUUCUAUUCUAACAUGAGCGGCUCAUCAUUUUGUUUUUCAUGCCCAACAGGUUCAACGACAUCAUCUGCAGGUUCUCUAAAUUCAACAGCAUGCAUUGCAUGUGAAAAAGGUUUUUUCCUUAACAAGGAUCAUCAGUGCACCACAUGUCCAUUUUCCACCUAUUCUGACAUUGAAGGCGCCAUACAAUGUUCGAUAUGUCCUUUGAGUUUACCUACUUUCACAGAAAGAAACACAUCUGUGGCCGCAUGUAUGGUAGUUCCAAUCAUUAUCAUUGUUUCAUUAAUUGUCAUUAUUGCCAUUGCUAUUCCACUUUCAAUAUUUGGUUUUAUGUUCCGUCGACAGGCAGUGGCUUUGAAAAGAAAGAAACGAGCAGAAGAUGAAAUGCUUUCUAAAUUAUUGGAACAUAAUACCAAGUCGUUUUAUGCAUCUACGGACACAACCACGCAUCAAACUGCAAAUCUUAUACCAAUUGAAGAUUUAGAAUUUAAAGAAAGAGUUUCUGAAGGAGCAGGAGGUGUGAUAUUUAGAGCAGCUUGGAAAGGUACUGAAGUCGCUGUCAAACGAAUCAAAUCGAAUCAAUUUGGUAGUGACGACGAUGAAACAUUUGAACACGAAGCUAGUAUUUUAAUUGGACUAAGACAUCCAAAUGUUGUCUUGAUGAUGGGUGUUAGUGUUGACGAAGACAACAAGUACAUUAUCACUGAAUUUGUCAAAGGCGGUAGUUUGGACAAGCUUAUUUAUAACAAAAAGAAGGCAAAGAAUGAAAUUAUUACAUUUGGAAGAAAAUUAGAGAUACUCAAAGAUAUUUGUAGAGCUUUAAUUUAUUUACAUAAUACGAGACCACCAAUCAUUCAUCGUGACUUGAAACCACAAAAUGUCUUACUCGAUGAAGCAGGACUUGCAAAAGUUUGCGAUUUUGGUGUUUCAAAACCACUAUCCUCUCUCACCAUGACAGGUGUUUGUUAUGGUACUAUUCAAUAUACCUCUCCAGAGAUUUUGAAACAGUCAAGAAGAUAUACCACCAAGUGUGACGUUUAUAGUUUUGCCAUUCUCAUGUAUGAACUAUUCUUUAUGGUUCAUCCGUACAGCGAUCUUCCAAAGUGUCCUGUUUCGAACCACACGAAGAAGAGCCUUGCUUUCUUGACAUCAUCCAAUAGUGACUCGUCUUCGCCACAUCUUUCAGAUUCAUAUUCUGGAUCGGGCAAUUCAGGUGACACGACCAACAACACCAGUGAUAUGAUUAGUAUUUUUGCCAUUGGUAACGAUGUGAUUCAUGGCAAGAGACCAAUGAUUCCAUGGGAGAAUACUCUUCCCUCACUGCAGCAACAACCUCAUGCUCGACCAAUUCUUCAAAUUCAAUCCUCUCCUACAAAUCUUGAUUCCACCAUUCUCGAUGUCAAUUCUCCUACCAUCAUUGAUGAAGAUGUUUUGAAGCUUGAAUGGUAUUUACAUUGCAACAAGACUGUGAAAAACUCUGAAAUAACCAAACCAGAGUCACUGGUCCCAAUAAUUGACUCGUUUAUUUCAAUCAUGAAAGCAUGUUGGGCAAAUGAUGACACUGAACGUCCUGAUUUUUCACAAAUAUUGGAUUCGCUCGAACAAUUGCACAAAGAAUGGACAGAGGUGCUGAAUAGUCAAUGA